GCUGGGAAGGCUUUGGAACUUUCACGAAAGAUGAGUAAAUAGUACUCCAAUGGUCAGGAAGGGUGUAAGAAUCUACUUAAGGAUACAAGAAAGGAAGUGCUAAAGAAACACUUUCUCUGAGACAUCUUCCUACAGAGAACCCUGCUUUUGUGAGCUCAAGACUUCUCUCCUUCGUUGUGUUCUACGCUCAGAACUCAGGUAUCUGCUCCCCAGCUGGCAGUUCCCUGUCUCUGGAAUGAAGGAUAAAAGUCAGAAAACCUCUUAAGAUUCUUAGGAAAAUGAGAUUGCUUAAAAGUGGGAUGGGAACAGAGGGAGCGGUAGAGUCAGACUCUCUAGUACAAGGCUCUCAUUCCUGGAUUUUUGAAGGAAAAGGAACUAAGUGAACCAGUUGCCAAGACAACCUGCUGUUCGGGAGUGGGGUUCGGGGCAAGGAGAUGGGUGACUUGUGGUUACUCUUUCUCCUGUCCCUAUCCCUACUGGCUUUCCAUGGGGUCAAAGGCUGUCUGGAAUGUGAUCCCAAAUUCAUAGAGGAUGUUAGGACCUUGAUAGAAAAUAUGGUACCCCCAGAAGUCCCUGGCCGAAAUUAUCUGCUUGAACGGCAGAUUAAGGAGAUGACCCAUAUAAGCUCCAAGUUCUCCCACAGGGACAAGAUGCUUCGGGUGUUGGAUGUCCAAAAUGUUGUCAACUUGAGAUCAUGGCUGAUACAGCAAUUUGAGACACUGGGAGAGGGAACAUGGAAAGGUGCCUUUAUCCUUCAAGGCAAGCUUCUCGAAAUCCGGCAAAACCUGGAAUCCAAAAUGAAAGAAACGUUAAAGACCUUCUCUGAAGUUGUUGUGACUGAAGGUCCCGUUCUGGAUUGUUGGACCUGUCUUCGUAUCACCACCCAUUGCUUCCGAGGGGAGUAUUGUGGAGAUGAUUCAAGGAAGGCUGAGAGUCGAGAGAUAGCGCUAUUUCUGAUAUUGCUGACAGAAGCUGUAGUACUGGGAAGCACUUUGUUACUAUUCCAUAUUUGUGUGUCUCAUCGGAGGAAGAUGAAAGCAAUACGAAGAUCACUAAAAAAAUACUUGGAGAAGAAACUUGAAGAAUUAAUGGGGAUGGCAGAAGAGAAGAAAGGGAAAGAUUUUGGGACCAGAAAAUAAAUACAUAGACACAGACAGGAGGUCUUUCAUGAAUCUCUUAAGUGUUUGCUCAUGGAAGAAAACUGGGAAUCAAGCCAUUUUGUGGUCAUAAAUCCACAGUAUUUUAGAACUGGGUAGAACAUAAAAUUUAUCUUAGUGAAGAUCCUCAUUGGUAUAUGAGGCAAUAGAAGUAAUGAGAGAGUAUAUCCCUACUUAAUGAUACUUUUAUAUAUAAGAGAUAUUGUUACAGAACUCGGAUAUCUGACAUGAAAGUUAUAUGUAGUUUGAAAUGUAAUAAAUGUGACAAUAUGGUUAUAAAAAUUUGUUUAAAUACAAGUAGUUAAAGUCCAUAUUUUCCCCAUCCUCGAGAGCAAAAAGUUGUACAGAUCUUUUAAG